UCAGCCCGGUUGCUAAGCAUGGCUACGGUGUUUUGUGUGCUUAUUUUAUUUACGUAUUUGGUAGAAACUCUCUGCAGUAGCGAUGCGGAUUCUGUCCGCUUUAAUGCCACUUUCUCUGAUACGAACCGAACAUGGAUCAACUGGGACGGAUUUCUGAAUGCGACGGAGCGGCCGGAGGGAGAAAACGCCACUUUAGCUCCGUUUUCGAUGCCCGCAGCGGCGCCCGCCGAGCCCGGCCCCGCUUUCCCCGGAGAGGAGACUCCUGAACCCACAGCCCGGCCAGACUUAGAACGGGCGGCCACCGCAGCGCUGCCCUUACCGCUGUCCGGAGCCUUACCGCGACCGGUCACUCGAGCAUCUGAUCUGUGUCCGUGCAACGUGCAGAGCGAGCAGUGUGAUGUGAACUGUUGCUGUGACCCGGACUGCUCUCAGGAACUGGUGCUGUUUACCCACUGUUCAGUGCAGAAAGUCACUGGUGACUCUAGACUGUGCAGCCAGGAUGCGGCUCUAUACACUCUCAGCACAACACCAGAGGGUUUGUCGCAAGUGAGGACAUCCGUCCAGCAAGAGGUCAACCCUGAUGUUUUCUGUAUACAGUCCGCUAACUAUGAACAGGGCAUGUCCUUCGUCACCCCAAGCACCCCCACUGAGCAGAAUUUCGAUUAUCUCUUUGAGCGCUUUGUGGGAUUCUUCUUUGGGAGCUCCGGUGGGACAGGCAGUGCUUUAGAGACUCCUGUACAGGGAAACUCUCCGGGAUACCUGUAUGGAGACAUAAUCCAAACAGAGGACGAGGCUGGACAGCGAGACUUCUUCAGGCUUCCAGCACCUGCUGGAACAGCAAACUGCUUAGAUACAAACCCUGCAGCGUUUCUGAAGAAUCAGACGAGCAGAUGCGUGAGGAGUUUCACUUUGGCAGAGGACUGCACUACGUUAGAGGCUUUGAAAUUAAGGACUUACACCAGCUUCCGUAUUUUCUCAGGAAAGGAUACAGAAGCUAACCUGGUGGCCGUGUGGGUGGAGGCUGUUACCCUGCAGUCGCUGGAGGGCACCCAGACACUCCUGGAAACAGCUGCUGAUUCUGCUUUUGAGCCUGAGUUUCUGCAGCCUGCUGAAGUCUGCAACCAGGUGGUGCUUCAGGUGAAAUACACAGUCAGGUAUGGAGAAGCUGGUCAGAUUGUAAGAGUGGCCGUAUCGUUUGUGCUGGGAGCUGUUAAUAGUGCCAUGCUGCCGAUCCAGCAGGAGUUCCAAAUAGCCUUUGUUCAGGAGGCAAAAAGUGAUGCAGUGCUCCGCUCCAGUGGAAAUCCUGGUUAUGUGGUUGGACUUCCCCUUGUGGCAGGAUGGAGAACUGCAGAAGGGAUUAUUCAAAGCGCUAACCCAGAGGGGUCAUUCACUGUUCUACAGAGCUCUGCAGAUCAGGACUGCCUGUUCAGCUUUCCCCAGAGGUCACCAGUCCUGUUUGGGAAAGAUGUGGUAUCAGGUUGUACCUUUAGGCUGGAGGAUGGAGCAAAUUGUUCGCUAGUGUCUGAAGCCAUUUUAGGAAGACUGAAAGGCCAGAGUUUUCCAGACUAUGUGGCAUCUUUUGGGAACUCUCUGCCUCAAAACCCCAUGGACUGGGUGCCUGUAGGGAACCAAACCACAAUAACGGGCACACAGGGAUGCAAUAUUCCUCUGUCCUAUCAUCUUGAAGUAAGAUGGACCAAGUAUGGAACCCUGCUGAACCCCCAAGCUCAGAUUGUGAGCAUCAUGGAGAUAAUCAGGUUCAACACCAGCGCUUUAUCUUCUCUCUCCACUGGCAUCACCAUCGUCCCCGUCACCAGCUCUGUGAGCUUUAUAGACGUUUCUGCUUCAGCCAGUCCAGGCUUCAGAGUUCCUCCCACGAUCAAUGCCAAACUACCCUUUGACUUUUUCUUCCCGUUUGUUUGACCUGGACUACUUGGACUUACAUGACAAAGUGACAAUACCUCAUUAAGUAAAUUAUGGAAGACUGUAUUUUACUAGAAUCAUUUUUGGAUCCUUGAUAUUACUGUGUGUUCUGUAUGUUUUGUAUAAUAUGUACAUUUAUACUGUAUAUUGUUGAACUAUUUGUUUUUUCAGGAAAUUAAAUAGUUUUCAAAAUUUUAUUAGGUCAGCCUAUACUGGUUACUGAUC